UGUGUAUAUGGGCAUUUAGAGAGCUGGCGGGCGCUCUGCGUGCGUAUACAUGUACACUCCCCCGGGUUGGUUAAAGGGAUCUGUACGGGGAAGGAGGAGCCCGGUGCCUGAAGAGAAGCCUUGCGACGGCGCCAUUUUCUGGGAGAGGAUGCCCGGGUGGAGGUGUAUGAGCGCGGUUUAGUUGUGUUAAUAGCAGUCUGUGCAUGUCCGUGCAGCCGCCACAGCUCUCCGAUUGCAGCCUCCCAGUCAUCGCACUGCCUCUCUCUCCCCGCUCGGCGUCCUUCAUUUCCACCUCCUUUCAGGGGAAUCCUCCUGUAACCAUUAAACUGCUACAGCCCACUCUUUCAGGCUAAUUCGCUCAUGUGAGGUCACCUGGCUCUCCGUGCAAUGGGAGCUACGCUAUGUCAUCCGAGACUGGGCUUGGUACACGUCUAAGAGCCACAUCUGGGAUGGGUGACGGAAUAGAAGGGGCUCAGAUGUUGGGCCAACAUCAGCCUGCCCUACCCCAGCCACAGGCCACAGUGAUGAACAACCCCGAUCCUCCUGAAAUCACAAGACCCAACCAACCUAAGCGCCAGACCAACCAGCUGCAGUACUUACUUAAGGCAGUGCUCAAGACAUUGUGGAAGCACCAGUUUGCAUGGCCCUUCCAACUGCCAGUUGACGUGGUCAAGCUCAAUCUGCCUGAUUAUCAUAAAAUAAUUAAGACCCCAAUGGACAUGGGCACCAUUAAAAAGCGCCUGGAGAACCAUUAUUACUGGAACGCCCAAGAAUGUAUCCAGGACUUUAACACAAUGUUUACAAACUGCUAUAUCUAUAACAAGCCUGGAGAUGACAUAGUGCUGAUGGCCGAAGCCCUUGAGAAGCUUUUUCUGCAGAAGAUCUCCGAGAUGCCCCAGGAAGAGACAGAGCUGACAGUUGUGCAGAGCAAAGGACGUGGCCGGGGAAGAAAGGAGCAAGAUGCUUCAAUCACCCCCAUGAGAACUAGAGUCCUGUCUGGGUCGCUAGAAGACAAGAGCACUGUCAAACCUCCUGUUACACCUGUGUCCAAGCCUUCGACCCCCACACCCCCUACUGUGACCAGGGCACCCACCCCUCCUCAAACCAGACCCCAACAAGGCCGCCCUCCAGCUAUCGCUCAAGCUCCUAUCCGUUUCUCUCCCACCAUCAGUCAGGAUGUGGUGGUUCCUACAACAGUAGCCCCUACUCUAGUUCCUCCACCGCUUUCAAAUCAUCCUGCAGUCAUCCACACUGCUGCUCAGCCUGCAAAGACAAAGAAAGGAGUGAAGCGGAAAGCAGACACCACAACACCCACUACCCAUGACCCACUCCACGAGUCCUCCCCACUCCCUAGUGAUCCCAAGCCUCCAAGGGCUGUCCCUCGAAAGGAGAAUGGGCGGCAGAUUCGACCAACUAAGAAGACCGAGGUGCCUGACUCUCAACUUCCUGCCCCCCCUGUUUUGCACCCCCAACCUGCACCAAAUGCAGAGAGGGACACCAAGACAAGCGAGCAAUUACGGUAUUGUGCAAGCAUCAUCCGGGAAAUGUUUUCUAAGAAGCAUCAGGCAUAUGCCUGGCCAUUUUACAAGCCAGUGGAUGUGGAAGCCCUUGGGUUACACGACUACUGCGAAAUUAUCAAGCACCCAAUGGAUCUGGGUACCAUUAAGGUAAAGAUGGAGAAUCGGGACUACAAGGAAGCACAGGAAUUUGCAUCUGAUGUGCGGCUUAUGUUCUCCAACUGUUACAAGUACAAUCCCCCUGACCAUGAAGUUGUGAUAAUGGCUCGCAAGCUGCAGGUAAUGCAGUCUGUUCAAGACGUUUUUGAAAUGCGCUUUGCCAAAAUGCCAGAUGAACCUGAGGAGGCACCAGCUCCCGUACCAUCUCUUGCUCCAGGACCCCCGGCCCCAUCCAUAAAAGGUCCUCCACCAACCUCCAGUGACAGCAGCAGCGAUAGCACUUCUGAUAGUGAAAGCAGUUCAGAUAGUGAAGAAGAGCGGGCACAAAGACUGGCAGAGCUUCAGGAACAGUUAAAAGCUGUCCAUGAGCAGUUGGCAGCUCUAUCUCAGCCACAGCCGAACAAACCAAAGAAGAAAGAACGUGAAAAACGCAAGGAAAAGCACAAAAGAAAAGAAGAGGUGGAGGAGCCUCGUAAGGGCCGAAUCCGAGAGCCACCAGCCAAGAAACCCAAGAAAAGUGUUCAAGGCUCUGGAGGUACACCAAGCAUCAAGAAAGAAGCCCCACCCCCCGCGCCACGCCCUGCUCGCCCAGCUCCACCUUCAGCCCCGUGUGAGUCCUCUGAGGAGGAAACACAGCGAUGUCGGCCAAUGUCAUAUGAAGAGAAACGACAACUUAGCCUGGAUAUUAAUAAGCUGCCAGGCGAGAAGCUGGGCCGUGUCGUGCACAUUAUCCAGUCUCGGGAACCUUCCCUUAAGAACUCCAAUCCGGAUGAGAUUGAGAUAGACUUUGAGACACUCAAACCGUCCACGCUACGAGAAUUGGAAAGAUACGUUACCUCUUGUUUGAGAAAGAAGCGAAAAUCACAGGAUAAAAUAGAAGCUCCCACAUCUGGCACUGUUAAAGUUAAAGGCUAUUCCUCUUCAGAGUCUGAAAGCUCAAGUGAGUCCAGCACGUCAGACAGCGAGGAGUCCGACUCAGAAACGGCCCCAAAUCAGAAGAAAAAGGGUCACUCUGGGAGAGAGUCUAGAAAGCAUCAUCACCCUAUGCAACAGCCUCUUGCUGCACAACUCCCUGUCAUGAAGCCUCCUUCUCCCACAAUAGCUCCUUCUUACCCUCUGCCUUCCAGCCUGGACUCCUCUCAUAUUUCUCUCCACCACCCUCUCCACCCUGCCAAUGUUUUUGAUGCAGUCAUGCAACUUCCUCCUGAUCUGCCUCCUCACCUUACUGGACAGACAGAACACUGCUCACCCCCACACCUCAACCAACAUGCCCUGACAAGCCCUCCAGCCCUACACAACGCAAUGCCCCAGCAGCCUUCCCGGCCAUCCAACCGCGCUGCUGCCCUCCCUACAAAACCUGCUAUGCCUCCCUCUGCCUCUCCACCUCCUCCUGCUCCGCAGCCUCCCCAACAGCCUCAUGUCCAUCAUCAUCAUCACCACCAUGCACAACCCCCUCAUGUUCUUCUGGAAGAUGAUGAGCCUCCCUCUCCUCUCACAGGUCUCCCUCCAUACCUGCAGCCGUUGCAGAAGUCACAGCAACCUCCUACUCAGUCUCCUAUUCAUUCACUUCUCACAUCUGUCAAGGUGCAGUCCCAAACACCAAUGGCUGCUCCUCCCCAAUCCAUGAGGCACCUCCAGCCUUUGGUUUACCCUCCUCCACCCUCUACCGCUACCACAGCACCUCCUCCUGCCUCUUCUCACAUACACCAACUGCAGUCUUCCCCUGUAGUCCCCCAGCAACUGCCAGCUGGGCAGGCACCACCACCCCCCCAGCAGCAACAACAGCAUCCAGCUCUGCAAGGCACAUUAGUUUCUUCACAUCAGCAGCAUGUGCAGCACCAACAUGCCAAACAACAACAAGUGAUCCAGCAUCAUCAUCAUCAUCCUUCACCACGGCAGCAGAAGCAAGAGACUUAUCCUGGAGGUCACUUGCGUGAUGCUCCGUCCCCUCUACUCCUGCAUUCGCCUCCAGUUCCUCCCUAUCCAGGUCUGACUCAUCCACCUUCCCCACAGUCUGUACAACCUAAAAAGCAGGAGAUUAGAGGAGCAUCGGUGCUGCAGCCUCAGCCAGUUGUCAUGAAAGAAGAUAAACGACAUUCACCUUCAAUUCGCCCAGAGGGCUUUUCUCCAGGAAUGCGCCCUGAGCCUCAGAAAGUUCCAGAGGUUCUAAAAGGACCUAGUCACAUCCAACCACGGCCAGAUUUGAAGAAAAUGGAUGGUGGGCGUCCCAUACGACUGCCUGACCAGAGUCUCCCACCUCAAGGGAUGCCAGAAAAAGAGAAACAAAAGCAAGAACCGAAGACACCCGUUGCUCCUAAAAAGGACAUAAAGAUUAAAAACAUGGGUUCGUGGGCAGGUCUGAUGCAGAAGCCACCAGUGACCCCAACUUCUGCCGGCAAGUCAACAAGUGACAGUUUUGAACUGUUCCGGAGGCAGGCCCGUGAGAAAGAGGAACGUGAGAGGGCCCUCAAACUUCAGGCCGAGCAAGCAGAGAGAGUGCGCAGGGAGCAAGAUAGAAUGAGUAGGACCCGGGAAGAUGAUGAAGUGCAGGAUCAGGCUAGGAAAGCCCACGAAGAGGCACGCAGGCGGCAAGAACAGCAACAACAACAACAACAUGUGCAAAGCAACCUCCCUACUGCUCCUUCACCUGCACAAAGCUCUCAGCCAAUGAUGGAUCAGCGAGAAAUGGCUAGAAAGCGGGAACAGGAGAGGAGACGAAGGCAGGCGAUGGCCCCCUCUAUAGAUAUGAAUUUUCAGAGUGAACUGAUGGAGAUAUUUGAACAGAACCUGUUCUCCUAAGACUCCAGCCUCUUCACCAACACCACCACCUCCUUCACCACUGUACUCCCGGCAGCUCCUCCCCCCUUACCCACCGUAUCACAUGUUUUUUUUUUUAAUGUCACCUUUAAGAAGCAUGGGGCAACACCCCACUAGAGAUUCAGAAUUUUACCCCCCUUUCUGUAUUUUUAUCCCAGCCCCCCACUGUAUGUCGAGAUGCAGAGUCUCCAAAAGCGGUAGUGGAAAAUAGGGAUGAUACCCCCCUUCCCCUGUCUCCAAUCAUUGUGCAGUAACAUGUGAAAGACCAGAGACUCUCAAGUGGGGGCAUUGUGAAUCUGUUUCCCACCAACCCCCCCUUCCUCUGUAUUAUUGGGUGCUCUGGUAUUAUGAGAUGGAUGGGGGUGCUAGACAAAUAAUGACGGAGUGUCUUGGGAUGGGGGUGUGGUGUGGCUGCAGAACUUUGCUCUGUGUGUUCAUAUUAUAAUCACGAAUCUGGAAAGCUUUGCUAAUGCAGUGUUUGCUGGAGCAUCUGCAACCAUGUUUUUAACUAGCUGCUUCUGACCCCUGUUCAGAAAUUAAUUGUAUUAAUUAUUGGAUGUAGUGCGAUUUAUGAAUACGUGAAGACCUGCAGAGCAGUGAGUAUGCAGAGCAACAUUUAUCCUUCACAUUCUAAUCUGUGUGCAGCAUCUAAGUGUUCACUUGAGCUAUUUGUGUGCAAUCCCCUGAAUGCUCCGGACGUACGCUUACAGAAUGCAUCGGCAAGGAAUUGAAUGCACUUCUGACUGGAGGUUGUUUCACACGUGCUCAGGGGGAAUUGCGGCCAACAUGCGUUUUACAAGUGCACUUUAGGACGGCAGUGUGGAAAGUGCACUGUGUCAUCAUCUUCAGUGGUAAGCCACACCCAUUUCCCGUUACGCAUGUAGUUCUGUGCCGGCUUUGCCCAUAACUGACAUGUACAUACAAUGAAUGCAAACGCGCAAUUUCCUCCCCUAGCCCCGUGCACAUAAUGUUUUUAGUGCAUUUCUAUGUGCUUGCCAUUAAUGUUUGUUUUUAUGUCUUGUAUGUUCUUGACAUGUCCUGACGGCACGUGUAACACAGCAGGAGUUUUAUAACUGACUAUGCAAGCUAGAUCUACAGACACACAUGUUAUCCUUUCUCUCGCAGCACAUACAUGCACAUGCUAGUGACAUGCAUAUAUAUGUAUGGUGGCGAUGUGUACAUGCCCUUUCAUGGACAUGGAAGAUCAUAUACCUGCAUGUAUCUUUACAGAUUUAUUUUACACGUGUCUGUGUUGCUUUGCGAAUCAGGAUAUCGUGCAUGAUCAUGUGCUCCAUGGAACUCCACUUUUCCAUGUGUUUUCCAGUUCAGAGCGGUUGGUUUGGGUUCUCUGCAUAUCUGUGGACAUCAUUGCAAUAUACAGUAGGUGUGUGACCCGUGUAUCCAGAGGAGACUGCUCUGCUCAUUCAUUGGCUACCAGCAGAUACAGAUUCAUUGGCCACAGAUCAUGCUACCAUUGAAUCCAAUGAUGUGGCCACAAUUUGCUUGCCUACAGCCAGCACACUGCAGCUUGAUUUAGUGCAAUUUUCUGCACACACCCCCAAUACUCCGCAGUCUCCCUGAACCCCCCUCAUCCCGAGAGCCGCAGUAAGGUGUGAGCGGUUGCACUAUCCCUAUUUGUAGUGUAGAUUGUGUGUUGGGGGGGGGGGGGCGUGUUCUUUGUCAUGAUUUUGGGUUCAAGCCCCAUUAAUUUGAAACAAAAUUUACUUUCUGUUCUAACGGUCCUUAUUGCCCUCUCUAGUCUCUCUGUAAUUUUAUCCUCCGGUUUCAUUUUGUUUUGUUUUUUUGUUUUUUAUAUAUGAAUAUAUAUAUAAUUUGAACUGUUUAAAGAUAAAAAAAACAAAAAAAACUAAAACAAAUCCUUUGUGCCAUAAACUUUUUCCAUCCUCCCCCCACUCCAACGACCCCUCCCCCAAUCCUUUAUUUUUUAUUUUUAGCUAGUGGCCUGUCUCUCCCGUCCCCGCCCCCUUUCCCUGAGUAACAGGCACGGAAGUCUGUGUUGUAACUGAUUUCAUGCAAUAAAGUCUUUUUUUAUUAUA